CCGUGUCCGUGCCGGAGGAGCGCGGGGGCGGCGCCUGGGGGCGCGCGUGCGCAGCUGUACGCGCCGGGGGCGCGCGGACCCUCAGGGCUGGCCCGGCCGGACCCAGCCGAGCCCAGGCAAGGCGAGCCCGACUCCGCUUAAGUUUAAAUUUAAGUUUCUCCAGUUGGAACAGACGGGGAAGUUCAUCUUGCUGGUCUCUGCGUGGAGUGCUUGGUUCAUUUCUGGUAUUUCUCAACAAGGCUGUCCCUAGGCAGUUGGACCAGAUGAAAAUGCGUUUAAGUGGAUCACAGAGGGAUCUGAUUUAAGCUUCUGAGCUGGUGUGAAAUGUUUGUUCUGUAGUGAUGAGAGGUGCUGUUCUUUGGAUUUGGGUGGCUUUUCUUCAUGCGAAAGCUCUUCAAGGAUUAUGAGGUGCGACAGUAUGUGGUGCAGGUGAUCUUCUCUGUGACUUUUGCCUUCUCUUGUACCAUGUUUGAGCUCAUCAUCUUUGAGAUUUUGGGAGUGCUGAACAGCAGCUCUCGAUAUUUUCAUUGGAAGCUGAACCUGUGUGUCAUUUUGCUCAUCCUGGUCUUCAUGGUGCCCUUCUACAUUGGUUACUUUGUUGUGAGCAAUAUCAGAUUAUUGCACAGACAGAAACUACUUUUUGCAUGUGUUGUGUGGUUGACAUUCAUGUAUUUCUUCUGGAAGUUGGGGGAUCCAUUUCCUAUCCUCAGCCCAAAACAUGGAAUCCUGUCUAUAGAACAGCUCAUCAGCCGUGUUGGUGUGAUUGGGGUGACACUCAUGGCUUUGCUGUCAGGAUUUGGGGCUGUCAACUGUCCAUACACUUACAUGUCCUACUUUCUCAGGAAUGUAACAGAUGCAGAUAUUCUGGCAUUGGAGCGACGACUCCUUCAGACCAUGGACAUGAUUGUUAGCAAGAAAAAAAGGAUAGCAGUGGCUCACAGGACAAUGUUCCAGAGAGGAGAAGUGCAUAACAGACCCACUGGCUUCUGGGGAAUGAUAAAAAGUGUGACAACAUCUGUUCCUGGCAGUGAAAAUCUGUCCCUUAUCCAGCAAGAAGUGGAUGCCCUGGAAGAAUUGAGUCGGCAGCUUUUCCUGGAAACUGCUGACUUGCAUGCAACAAAGGAAAGAAUAGAGUAUUCCAAAACUUUCCAGGGAAAAUACUUUAACUUUUUGGGUUAUUUUUUCUCCAUCUAUUGUGUCUGGAAAAUCUUCAUGGCAACCAUCAAUAUUGUAUUUGACCGUGUAGGGAAGACUGAUCCAGUCACAAGAGGAAUUGAGAUCACUGUAAAUUACCUGGGAAUCCAGUUUGAUGUCAAAUUCUGGUCUCAGCAUAUUUCCUUUAUUCUUGUUGGAAUAAUCAUUGUUACCUCUAUUAGAGGGUUGUUAAUCACACUUACAAAGUUCUUCUAUGCCAUUUCCAGCAGCAAGUCCUCCAAUGUUAUUGUUCUGCUGCUAGCACAGAUAAUGGGGAUGUACUUUGUGUCAUCAGUGCUCCUGAUCCGAAUGAGCAUGCCUCCGGAAUACCGCACCAUUAUUACAGAAGUCCUGGGAGAGCUCCAGUUCAACUUCUAUCACCGUUGGUUUGAUGUGAUAUUCCUAGUUAGUGCCCUCUCCAGUAUCCUCUUUCUCUAUUUAGCACACAAACAAGCCCCAGAAAAGCAUAUGGCCCUCUGAGGCAGAACUGCAGCCGUGCUCUCUGUCCUGUCAGCUGCACUGCUGCAGCUCCUGUGGGUGGGUUGCAGAACUUGGAGAGACAGGACUGCUCUGUGUGUUCUGGCAGUGUAACUGCAAAACUUGGAGAGACAGGACUGCUCUGUGUGUUCUGGCUCCUUGAACCUCCACACGUGUCAUCAUCAAGCUCUGUGGCUCAUUUUGUUCAGUGCCACAGCUGGAAGGGACGGGGGUGUGUAUAAAACUUGAAACAGUUCGUUGCCAAGCAAUAAAAGCAAUGCUGGAUACACCACUAUCCAGGGGCAUCAGAACUUGUGUGGUAGGCUGGCUGAGGGAACACCUCCUACUGUUGGAACAACAUCAUCACAGAAGGCACCAAGAAAUGUGAUUUUUCUUUUGAAAAUCAACUUGUAAUUGGGAUUUGGAGGAUAGCAAUUCUGGAAUUGAAUGUUUGAGUCUGUGGAAUUAAAUAAGCUUUUGUAAUAUGCAAGUAUCACAGUUGUUUUUUGUCAGUCCCAAAGAUUUGGCUGGAUUUGAGCCAGAAGGUGGUUAGGAUUUGCUGUCUGGCAGGAGUGGAGAGAACUCCAUUUCUGUAUGUGAUGUGUGCUAGUGUGUAUCACUAGUACCUACUAUCCUCAGGAGCUGGAGAUUUGCUUUCUCUUACUGACUGUCAACUUCCUUUUCUCUCUCUGCGUAAGUGGAGCUGAGGUUUUGGGGUCCUCUUUG